GAAACGAUUACUUGUCAAACAUUCAAAGGCAUGUGAGAAUGAGAUGCAUAUACUUUUUUAGCAGUCGUCGCUGUUAAUUGUGGUGAAGGUGGAUUUCUGGCGUCCGCGCCAGUUUUGAUUGUUGUUCGCUGCUGUUAAAGUGUAGAAGUUUUUUGUGAUUCCCUGUGUAACUUUCUCAUUCUAUGGAAAACGUUGACAACAAAAUGAAAAAUAAAAGAAAAUAUAGUCCUAGAACUGAGUAUGUAGAAGUAAAUUCUCUAAAAUUAAUUCGGUUAGUACGCAGCAAUGAAAUACUUUUUAAAACGGACAAUAGCUUAUGCUGCAAUAAGUCUUAUAGAGAAGAAGUAUGGGAAGGUGUUUAUGCUGCAAUGUUUCCAGAAUAUUAUUCAAUGGAUGAAAAAAUGAAGGAGUUAAUGGGAUUAAGUGUACGCCGUCGUUGGAAAAGCUUGCGGGAUUCAUUAGCAUGCGAAGUUAAAAAGAGCGCAACCGUUGAAAAUUAUGUACGUAAGAAGAAGAGUCCAAUUAUUGCCGAAUUGGAGUUCCUUAUACCACACAUUAAAAGUUCGCAUUGCGUUAGAUUUGCUGAACAGCUUGGUUUAAGUAAUAAUAUCAAUAAUUCCUGCGAAACUGAAGUCCACGAAGUUGAUGAGUCGACUACUUCAAGUAAAGGUCAAGCCAUUGAGAGAGAUAUUAAAAUGGAUGAAUCAAAUGGAAGAAUGGGUAAUGGUGUAGAUGAAUCCGGUAAUACAUUUCUCGCAGAUGCAUGCAAACCUGUUCUGCAAAUGAAUGAAUCAGAUGGUCUUCUUAAGGAAAAAGCUAUUAAAGACCUACACCAAUUUCACAAUGCGGUCAGUUCAAAUAUAAAUGCAAUAAUUUCUCAACCAAUGGUGUGUACUAAUCUUGCUUCGUUAAACCAAAGUGACGUAAACGGUUGGAAUAAUCAAUUUUAUGCUAUAUCGAUGUAUAAAGGAGAUGAAUUUAUUAAUUUUGGUGUACAAUGUCUUAAUUCCAUUAAUGAAGAAGAAAACAUUAACGAUAAAGUUACAGUACAACAGAAUAAACGUCUUCACUUGGAAAACGAGGAAUCCACUGACCUACCCAUUUCAUAAAAAAUAUAUAUUAAAAACUACUUAAUCAAUAUUAGUCUUAUAAUCAGUGCUCAAUGUAUUAUGCCAGA